ACCAAACACAACCUCUUCCCAACACAGUUGCAAAACGAAGGACUACAGUACACGUAUCCAUCGGAGAUAAGAUAGCACACAACAAUCCUUCCAUAGUAGAUAGAUUAUGUUUCGCAAACCGAAAAAAGCCAAGAAUAAUCGUCGUCGCAAAGAAGCCGACGUUGAGGAAGAUGACAGCCACAAGAAGCGCAAAGCCGACGACGAAGAAGAAGAUACGUCGGCGUUGCUGUCCGAAGCCCGCAAACGAACAAAGACUGUGGGCGCUGGUGCCAAUAAACCGUCUACCAAAUCGGACGAAAAUCAAAAAGUGAUGCAUCAAUAUGGAACUGCCGGAGCGGACCAUCAACAGAAAAAGGAAGAAUUGGUGACAUCUACCGUGCAACUCCAUCCGGAAGAAAUCAUGAGGAAUAAUGCUGACGGUAGUACUACAACAACAACAACAAAUAACGAAGCAUCAAGAGGAGACGAUGGCAUUUUCCGGGACAAGACCCGCAGCCGAUUGUUGGCCGGUCCCAUCAAAGCGACGGGUCACAUUCGUACCACGUGUCGAUUUGACUAUCAGCCCGAUAUUUGCAAAGAUUACAAAGAAACGGGAUUUUGUGGCUUUGGAGAUACCUGCAUUUAUCUACACGAUCGAGGCGACACAUUGUCGGGAUGGCAAUUGGAAAAACAAUGGGAAGAAGAACAAAAAAAGAAGAAAGAACAGCAAGACAAGGAAAUUCAAGGUUUUGUCGAUGCUAAUACUAGUGGUGGUACUGGUACUAGCAAAACGAAUGACGACGAUGACAAGAAAACGGACAAGGAUGGAUUGCCCUUUGCCUGUCACAUUUGCCGAAAACCCUUUACCAAUCCUGUGGUGACGUCGUGUGGACACUACUUUUGUGAAGCUUGUAUUAUGGAUUGGGUACGGACCAAGAGUGAUGCCUGUCCGGUAUGUAACAAAGACACGCAUCGGGUCUUUAACCAAGCCACAAAGUUGAAAAGUCGAAGCCGGCGAAACAAAAACAAACUGCAAUCAACAGGAGGCGAAUUUCAGGAAUUUUUGGAGGGAUAAAAAGAUUAGGAGUGACAGUCGUGCUGCUGCCAUGCAGUACCGUGACAGUGAUUGGGAACAAGGGGACAGCAAGAGUUUGACAAACCGAAUAAGGGACGCGACGGGAUCGAUGGUUCAAGUAAUCUUGCACUGACGGAUGCGCCAAUGGAACGCAUGCGAUCCGAUGUCAAAGCGGGUGGCUGCCGCGGCCAUCAAAGUUUGUCCUGCCUGGACUUGCGAGAUUCUCUCGUGAUAGGUUACGCUGCGUUUGUUUGGCAGACCAUGUCAAUCCACGAUACCAUGACUA